ACCACUCCUAUGAUGAGGAGAGGAGGGAAAAUCUAACUGCAGUUCGAGGCUAUCAAUGAGCUCAUUCUCUCCGGAGAGGGUGGGUUCAUUAGCAUCAGCAGACAGCCCAGCUGCUGGUGAUCUGAGAAGGCAAUGUGUUUAGAUCCAAGCUUUCCAGGCCUUUAUCUUCAGUGGACAUACACAUGAUGAUUGCUGCUUCGUUUGAUAAAUGGAUGGACAUGGAUGGAUGAAGGUGUUGGACAGUUCAUCUACAGCCACACAUUUAAAUAUGGAUGAUCAUUGUAUCACAUUCAGGAGUGCGAACAAGGCUUUUGCACGGCACAUCUGGUGGCAGGAGGGAGCCAGGGCAUGUGAUACAGAAUGUGCUAGUGGAUUUGCACUAAAACAAAAUGGCAAUUUAUUCUUGAAUUAAAAAGUUAAACCGGGAAGAUCCGAAGAUGUCCAAGAAGGGGCGUGGGAAGGCUGAAAAGCCUGAAGCCCUAAUAGCUGCCUUGCAGGCUGCUAAUGAAGAUCUCAGGACUAAACUGACUGACAUACAAAUAGAACUUCAUCAGGAGAAAUGUAAGGUUAGUAAACUUGAACGGGAGAAGGUACAAGAGGUAAAGCGCAUACGAGAACAAGAGCAGCACAAGCACACAGCGACGGUCACGGAAUUGAAAAGCAAGCUCCACGAGGACAAAAUGAAGGAACUCCAGUCUGUUCGAGAGACAUUGAUAAAACAACAUGAUCAGGAACUCGCACGCACGAUCAAAAUCAAAGACCAAGAAAUGCAACGACUAAAGUCACUUGUGAAUUCAUUGCGCGAUGGAAGCAGUGACAAAGUAAGAACAGCGCUGUCUAAUGAGGCCCGGGAUGAGGCUCGGAAAGCAUUUGACUCUGAGCGCCUCAAACUGCUGCAGGAGAUAAGUGAACUGAAAUCAACCAAGAAGCAGGUGGAGGAGUCACUGAGCAACAUGAUUCAGGCGGACAAGAUAAAAGCUGGGAACUUGAGGAGUGAGCAUCAUUCCCACCAAGAGGCAAUUGUCAAAAUCAAAUGGGAGUCUGAGAAGGAUAUCCGUCGACUGAUGGAUGAGAUUAAAGCUAAAGAUCGAACGAUCUUUUCCCUGGAGAAAGAUAUGGAGAUGCAGACCGGUUACUCACAGAAGCUGCAACUCCAGAAGGAUGCGCUGGAUGAACAACUCUUCCUGGUGAAGGAAGCAGAAUGCAACAUGGGCAUGAGCAGUCCGAAACGGGAGGUGCCCGGCAGUGCACGGGAUAACAUGGAUCACCCUGGCAGUCCGGACAUGCGGAGAAAUCAGCGCAAGAUUGCAGACCUUAACUCAGUCAUUCGGAAACUUGAAGAUAGGAACACAUUGUUGGUGGAUGAAAGGAAUGAACUGCUGAAGCGAAUUCGUGAAGCCGAAAAACAAUAUAAACCUCUCCUGGAGAAGAACAAGUGCCUGUCUAAGAGAAACGAUGAUUUGACUAUGUCUUUGCAACGCAUGGAAGAUAAGCUCAAAAUGCUUUCCAGAGAAAAUGCAGAAAUGAAAGAUAAGAACGGCUCCCAUUUUCCCUUGAAGAAAUUACGCUCCUUAAAUGAUCUUGACCAAGCUCAUGAAGAACAAGAAGUUGAAUUUUUAAAGCUUCAGGUUAUCGAACAACAAAACAUCAUUGAUGAUUUGACCAGGGACCGAGAGCGACUGCUUCGCCGCAAAAGACACAAGCGAAACGCAAAGCAUAUCAAGAGACAUGUGGUGGAAACAUGUUUUGGGUUUGAUGAAGAAUCGAUGGAUUCAGAAACGUCAUCCUUGGCCUCCUACAGAACAGACAGGACACCAGCAACACCAGAAGAUGACCUGAAUGAAAGUCUGGCAGCUGAAGAAUCGGAACUUCGUUUUCGACAAUUAACAAGGGAGUAUCAAGCACUCCAAAGGGCUUAUGCAUUACUUCAGGAGCAGACGGGAGGGGUCCUGGAUGCAGAACGGGAAGCAAAGGCUCACGAGCAAUUACAAACAGAAGUUCUCAGGUAUAAAGCUAAAAUUGAAGACCUCGAAAAAGCCAUGGCACAGAAAGGACAGGAUUCAAAAUGGGUUGAAGAAAAGCAACUAUUUUUAAAAAGAAAUCAGGAACUUCUGGAAAAGAUUGACAAACUGGAUGCCGAGUUGAACCGAUUGCAACAAGAAAUUCAGGAUUCUCGAGACCAGAACGAGUUGUUAGAAUUUCGCAUUCUGGAACUGGAGGAGAGGGAAAGGAGAUCUCCUGCCUUUAACCUCCAGAUCACGCCUUUCUCAGAAGGUGUGAGUGCUCUUCAGAUCUAUUGUAUGCAGGAAGGUGUGAAGGAUGUGUCCAUCCAUGAACUCAUCAAACAGCUGGACAUACUCGGAGAUAAUGGGAAUCUCAGAAAUGAGGAGCAAGUGGCGAUUAUCCAGGCAAGCACUGUGCUGUCUCUGGCUGAAAAGUGGCUACAGCAGAUCGAAGGCACGGAGGCUGCCCUUCAUCAGAAGAUGAUAGACUUGGAGAUUGAGAUGGAUAUGUUUUGCAAACAAAAAGGCUACCUGGAGGAGGAGUUGGAUUAUAGGAAACAAGGCCUGGACCAAGCAUACCUGCAUAUCCAAGAGCUGGAGGCAACACUAUACAACGCACUGCAGCAGGAUACCGUGAUCAAACUGGGGGAAUCACUGACUGAGAAGCAAAAGGAUGACUUGCGAACUGCGGUGGAAAAGCUUCGACGUCAGAUGCUGAGGAAGAGCAGGGAGUACGACUGCCAGAUCCUGCAGGAGCGAAUGGAACUGCUGCAGCAAGCACAUCAGAGAAUACGAGACCUGGAAGACAAGACUGAUGGUCAGAAUCGGCAGAUCAAAGAUCUGGAAGAGAAGGGUACUGGACGGUUAAAAUGCUUCCAAGUCAGUAAAGAGUUCAUGUUGAAUUACCCUGUAUCUGGGACGAAUGGAAGUGAAGGAAAGCAGCAAAGAUUAUGCCUGAGGCUGUCUGCCGUUUAUGCCAGCAUCAUUACCCGAGAUUUAUUUUGCUUGACUCUCCAUGUUGAAGGAAAUUGCAAGUUACAACGUCUGUUGCAUUUAACAGCAACUGCAUUGCAAAUGAAGAGUAUUUUGAAGCAAAAUAAAACCACAUUGAUGGCAAUGAUACAUAAAAAGAAGUGUCUUAGACAUGGAACCAAAGUGAAGAAAAUCAAUUUAUCUCUGCCGUGCAGGGUAGCAUCAAAAUAUCAGAACACUACAGCAUUCAGGACUGAAGGAUGAAGACGUCACAAAGGGAAGGACUUACAAUUACAAAUUUGUAAUUACAUUUCUCAGAGAGGAAUUGACUCGCGGUGUAGAGAGGAACUGAAACUACACAGGGUCAAAAGACAUCACACAGAUUUACAGGGAUUUAUUCAUUUCUUCAGCAAUGGUAUCACUGAUGAGGGCAUUUCUUGACCAAGGAAGACAAGAUGGGUUAUUGGAAAGAAAGGAAGGAAGACUGGAUGGCACUUGGGGACUAAAGAUCUGAUGAGACCUCCUCGGGGAGGUUAGUCGUUCGUCGAGAGAAGCAUACCUGGACCCAGUUGAGCAGCUGAGGCAACGUUUAUGUGAACUGUCGUGUGAGUUUACGAAGAUUCAAGAUCUGUCCAUCUAGGUCCUGCCCUCACAGCUGCGAAUAUAUUAACUCAUUCCUAACUGCUUGCACCCAGGCUUUGAAAGAAGCUGCAUCUUACAGCGAAUCUGACCACUAGUGGUAAAAUCAAGCAGGUGCCUUUCAUUAUCUCACUGUGGAUUUAAUGUGAAAUUGACUUCCCUUUCCAAAAAAUCUGGAUUGUACAUGAUCCAAUUAGCAGUAUUAUCAACUUUCUCUAUUUUCAUGGUGAAUGGAAAGGUAAAUUAAAUUUAAAGUAAAGGUACAGUUGAAUCUGGUUUCUGCCUGUCCCGCUGAGUUACUCCAGCAUUUUCAGUCUAUCUGCUGGUAACUAGUAAACAGAUCACAAUUGAUGCACUGUAAUUUGUUCUGCUUUGAGCUUCCAGGUCUCAAUCCAUUUAAUUUAUGUGGGUCUUGGUAAUGCUUUUCCCAUGGACCUAUGAUUUACCACAACUUUAUUUAAUAUUUGUUUUAAUAUGGUUUGAAUAAAUUCAAUUUCAGGAAGUGAAGUUUCUGUGUAGGCUCCACCCAUUUAUAUCUUGUCAUAAGGGACCAAUUGAAUAAUUAUUCAAUUACUCACCAAUUGAAUAAUUUGAUGAGAAGAUGUGAGGGAAACAAAUAGCAUGAAGAUUAAGUGAUGUGAUCCAAAUAACAGACAACUGAACAGAAAGAAGUGGAAACAUGGUCAAAGUUAAACUUAAGAAACAAUAAGAGUGAAUCUUAAAAUGAAAUGAUUUGAUCACAUAAUGUAAAAGAUAACUUUUACGAAAAUGUGGAGGAGAUGACCUGCAGGUAGAUUUCAUGCUUUAUGGUGUCCUGGAUCCUACUUAACAAAUAGACCAAGAAAUUUGCGUUGGUUACACGCACUAAAACAUGACAUCAACAGAACUGAAUGUGGCAAAAGUGAGCCCAAUCAUCAGUUGCCACCUAUCCAUGUUCUCCAGACGAGGAAGGGGCCUGUUCAUCUACUCAUGUUCUCCAGAGAUGCUACCUGAACCAAUGAGUUACUCCAGCACCUUGUGUUGUUUUUGUAAUUGAUUUUCCUUGUUUACACAUCACCAAUCACUGUUGUAUUGGUUUAGUGUUGGCAACCACGAGUGCUCUCCUCUCCCUUUUCUAGAUGCACUAUUUUGUUGCAUUGUACAAUCUGGGAUAGGUUCCUUUCUCUAUUCUGAUUUUCUUGCUUUUUUAAAAUAUUUUAAUCUCUUUCCAGCUUUCCUCCACAUGAAUCAGUAAUUUUUUUUAAUCAUUCCAAGCGCUGAUAAUUAUUUUAGUUAAUGGUGGUAUUUAAAAGUAUUGUAUGGACAUUAGGGAGAAUAACAUGGAUUUAGGGUUGAUAUAGACUGGCUGUACCUGUUGACAUGGUCAGACCCACACUGAAACUGGGCAGGAAACAGCUAAUCGCAAUGUUGUGGAGAUCUAUCCUUUGUUCUUAUUACCCUAUGUAAGUCAUUUGUGCUUGUAGAGGAUUCCACUUGAGACUGGGAGUGCUAAUGAAGAGAACAGCCAUGUCAAAUGUACAUGGACAGAGCUGAGGAUCUUCUUUUGAAAGAUUUUCCACUUCAGUCCAAAAACAGCCUGAAUAACUCAAUGUAAUUCCAUGAUUGCCCAAUUUACUGGCUGAAGAAUCCUCUUUGCAGCAAUACUAGGCAUUGCAACACUACAACAAAAAUAACACAAGGUGCUGGAGUAACUCAACGGGUCAGGUAGCAUCUGUUGCAGUGUGAAUGGCCUAGUAUUAGAGAGUGAGGUGUGACUCUUAGGGUGCACUCAAAGGCCACCACAACUUUGUCUCAGUUAGCUAUCUCGAUAUAGAAUCAUAGAUAGCUGCAAUGCAGACUAGGCCAUUCAGUCCAAUGUGUCUAUGCUAGUUGAUAAACAGCUAACUAGCUCAAGCCCACCUUCCAGCAGCUUGAUCCAUAGCCCUGCAGGUGGAGUGCACAUCCAGGCACACUUUAAAUGUGCUUGCCUCUCCCCCUUUCAAUCAUUGUUCCAAUUCCCUACAUACCAGAUUAAAAAAAUGUAUUUCAGGGGGCAGAGAUAGUGCAAUUGCUACCAAGCAUUCAAAAGAAUUAUCACAUUGACAUGUGCAACAGCCAAAUAGUUUGAUCCUUGGUGCCUCCAUAUACCUUGCUCCUUUGUUUUCAGACAUGCUCUGCUCCUCCUCUCCCUACAUCAGGUAACUCAACUGCCACAUCUGGAGUAUGUUUUGUCACACUAACCCAUAUUUCUUACGUUGGUGUUCAACUGGCACUGAAGAUUACCAUCUGUCCAGCACUGCUCCAGAGUCUUCUGGACUUAUCAUUUUGUCUUCCGUGUGAUGCAAGCAUUCGUGGAAGCAUAAAAAAAAGCUGUGUAUUUUUAAUUUUCUUUAAAAUUGUUAUUUAUUAGGUAUACAAAUAUUGAAAAUGCAAAUAAAAAUCUGUUUGACUACAGAGCCAGGAGAUGAAAUCUCCAAGAACAAUGAGUUACCUGCAUACUACUGACUUUGGUGGAAAGGAGAAAAACAAAACAAGGAAGGUUUUUUAUCCUUCUACUUUCUUAAUGAACCAUUAAAUCUCUGGCUCAGAAUCUUAUCAGGUGAGUCUAGUCUUUGAAUCUGUGGUUCACCUUCCCCCACACUGACAGGCACUUCCAGUUACGAAUGAGUUGAUAUAUCCAGCAGGACCCAGGCAAAUGAUGAAAAUAUUAUUUUGCAAAACUUAAUUAAGCAAUUAAAAUGAUGGUUUGCAGAAACUCUGCCACAGAUCCUAUGUACAAUAUCUGAGGGGGUCUAUGAGCAGCUGUAAUAAAAUGUAUUAAUGUGUAGAUGAAUAUUAAUACCAUGUUAUGUUUAUGAACGGUUAUUUUUUUAAUUUAUUAUUGACACUAUUUAAACAAGUAUUUAG